AAACACACACACAUACACACACACACUCACUCAGACUCAGAGUGAGAGCGGAGACCAAACAGAGCAGGACUGGACCGGACCGUGUGUGUGUGUGUGUGUGUGUGUGUGAAGGAUUAAAACACUGUUUUUUGUGAUACACACUGAAGCAGCAGCAGUGCCAGGUGCCGAGCGGAGCAGAGAGGAGCAGAGAGGAGCUGAGAGGAGCCGCGGUAAGAUGGCUGUCUCCACUCAGCUGGGUUUACUGCUGUGGAAGAACUUCACCUACCGACGGAGACAGACCAUCCAGCUGCUGACCGAGAUCGUGUGGCCUCUCAUCAUCUUUUUUAUUUUGAUAUCGGUGCGACUCAACUAUCCUCCGUAUGAGCAGCACGAAUGCCACUUUCCCAACAAGGCCAUGCCCUCAGCGGGCACUUUGCCCUGGGUGCAGGGAAUCGUCUGCAACGCCAACAACCCCUGCUUCCGCCACUCGACUCCUGGAGAGGCUCCUGGUGUCGUGGGCAACUUCAACGACUCCAUAAUCACCCGGCUGCUUAAUGACGCCAAGAAAAUCCUUAUCUACAGCCAAAACGAUAAGAGUUUCGAAGGGUACAAGGGACUGGUUCGAGCUCUCAGGAAGCUCCAGAGCAAUACUGCAGGUUUUAAGUUGAAGGACUUCCUGCGUGAUAAUGAAACCCUGUCGGAGUUCCUGGAGCAGAACGCCACGCUGAGCGCGAACGCCGUGCAGCAGAUAGUGGACGCCGACAUCAACCUGGAGAAGGUGCUGAUUAGAGGGUUCGGGGUGCACCUGAGGGACCUGUGCAACACCACCUCACUGGAGGAGUUCGUGAGCAUUGCCGACCGCGACGUCGCCGAGACGACGCAGAAAAUCAUCUGUGAGGCGCCUGCUGAUUGGCUGAACAGCGCCGAGAGCCACUUCCUGUCCAACCUCGACUUCCUGAAACCCAUACGUAAGGACGUCAGGUCGGACCCUAAAGUCGUCCAGGACGUGUCUCUGGCCACCGAUACGCUUCUGCAGAGUCUGGGGUCACUGGCUGUCGAGCUGGUGAACAUGAAGAGCUGGCGUGACAUGCGGAACGAGAUCCUGUUUCUGACUGGCAACGCCACCCGCACGCCCAAUCACGUGUACCAAGCCGUGUCGCGCAUUGUGUGUGGGCACCCAGAGGGCGGCGGCCUGAAGAUCAAAUCCCUCAACUGGUAUGAGGAUAACAACUACAAGGCCCUGUUCGGUAACCAUAACGACAACGAGAGCGAGCCCGUCUCCGCCUACGACAACACGUCCACUCCAUACUGUAACAACAUGAUGAAGAAUCUGGAGUCCAGUCCCAUCUCGCGGAUGAUCUGGAGAGCGCUGAAGCCCCUGCUCAUGGGGAAGAUCUUAUACACACCCGAUACCCCGGCGACACGCAGGAUCAUACACGAGGUGAAUAAGACGUUCCAGGAGUUCGGAGUUCUCCGGGAUUUAGGAGGAAUGUGGGACGAGAUGAGGGUGAAGAUCUGGGACUUCAUGGAGAACAGUGAGGAGCUGGAUCUAGUCAGAACUCUGCUCCAGAAUAAUGCCAGUGCUCAGUUCUUCAACCACAGGCUGAAAGGGACUGACUGGAGAGUCGAGGACAUUUCACAGUUCUUAUCUAAAGCCUCUGAGGACACGCGUCCUCCGGGGACAGGGUACACCUGGAGAGACGUGUUUAACGAGACGGACCAGGCCAUUCUGACCAUCUCACGGUUCAUGGAGUGUGUGAACUUGGACAAGUUGGAGCCGGUGUCGACUGAGGAGCGCCUGGUGAAUAAAUCCAUGCGGCUCCUGGACAAUCGCAAGUUCUGGGCCGGGAUCGUGUUUCCGGACAUGCAGGCCGACUCCUCCGAGCUUCCUCCCAACGUCAGCUACAAGAUUCGCAUGGACAUCGACAACGUGGAGCGUACCAACAAGAUCAAAGACGGGUACUGGGACCCCGGUCCUCGUGCUGACCCGUUUGAGGAUCUGCGCUACAUCUGGGGAGGAUUUACAUACCUCCAGGACGUUAUUGAGCAUGGGAUCAUACGGGCUCUGACAGGCAGUAAAGAGAAAACUGGAGUCUACAUCCAGCAGAUGCCGUACCCGUGUUACGUGGACGAUAUUUUCCUGCGUGUGAUGAGCCGCUCGAUGCCGCUCUUCAUGACCCUGGCCUGGAUGUAUUCGGUGGCCAUCAUCAUUAAAGGCAUAGUGUACGAGAAAGAGGCACGUCUGAAGGAGACCAUGAGGAUUAUGGGAUUGGAUAACGGGAUCCUGUGGCUAAGCUGGUUCAUUAGCAGCCUGAUUCCACUGCUCAUCAGCGCCGCCCUGUUGGUCCUCAUCCUGAAGAUGGGGAACCUUCUGCCCUACAGUGACCCGGGUGUGGUGUAUUUCUUCCUGGUGUCCUUUGCCAUUGUCACCAUCAUGCAGUGCUUCCUAAUCAGCACGCUGUUCUCUCGGGCCAACCUGGCAGCCGCCUGUGGGGGAAUCAUCUACUUCACCUUAUACCUGCCCUACGUCCUGUGUGUGGCCUGGCAGGACUAUGUGGGCUUUGGCACUAAAGUGGUCGUGAGCCUGCUGUCUCCUGUGGCUUUCGGUUUCGGCUGUGAGUACUUUGCGCUGUUUGAGGAGCAGGGAGUGGGCAUUCAGUGGGAUAACCUUCUGUCCAGCCCCAUGCAGGAGGACAACUACAGCCUCACCACCUCCAUCUCACUCAUGCUAAUAGAUUCUGUGCUGUACGGCAUCAUGACGUGGUACAUUGAGGCUGUUUUCCCAGGUCAGUAUGGCAUUCCCCGGCCAUGGUAUUUCCCUCUCACCAAAUCCUACUGGUGUGGAGAGAAAUGUGGCUGGACAACAGCUUCCUCCACAAACAAGAAAGAAAAUGCGGAAGCGGUCUGCAUUGAGGACGUACCAGCUGAUCUGGAGCCUGGUGUCUACAUUGAGAACUUGGUGAAGGUGUACAGACAUGGCAACAAGCUGGCAGUGGACGACCUCACUUUGGGCUUCUAUGAGGGUCAGAUCACCUCCUUUUUGGGCCACAACGGAGCAGGAAAGACCACCACCAUGUCCAUUCUGACUGGCCUGUUUCCUCCCACAUCUGGGACUGCUUACAUCAUGGGCAAAGACAUCCGGUCAGAUCUAAGCACCAUCCGUCAGAACCUGGGAGUGUGUCCUCAGCACAACGUCCUGUUCAGCAUGCUGACAGUAGAAGAGCACAUCUGGUUCUACGCCCGCCUGAAGGGCCUAUCAGAGGAGAAGGUGAAGUCUGAGAUGGAUCAGAUCGUUUCAGAUUUAGGCCUUCCUCACAAACGCAAAUCUCGUACAAGUCAGCUUUCAGGAGGAAUGCAAAGGAAGCUCUCUGUUGCUUUGGCAUUUGUCGGCGGUUCAAAGGUUGUGAUCCUGGAUGAACCUACAGCUGGGGUUGAUCCAUACGCUCGCAGGGGUAUCUGGGACCUGCUGCUUAAGUAUCGUCAAGGUCGAACCAUCAUCCUCUCCACCCACCACAUGGAUGAGGCCGACAUUUUGGGUGACCGCAUAGCCAUCAUCUCUCAUGGGAAGCUGUGUUGUGUGGGCUCCUCAUUGUUCUUGAAGACGCAGCUGGGCACUGGAUACUACCUUACACUGGUCAAGAGGGACUUUGACCUGUCUCUGAGCUCAUGUCGCAACUCCAGCAGCACCGUGUCCUAUUCCAAGAACAGUCUCAAGAAGGAUGACAGCGUUUCUGAAAGCAGCUCUGAUGCCGGCCUUGGGAGUGACCAUGAAAGUGAAACGACCACCAUCGACAUCUCUCUGAUCUCCAACGUCAUCUUCAAGCACGUUCCCUCAGCCAGACUGGUGGAGGAUCUGGGCCAUGAGAUCACCUACGUACUGCCUUAUGAAGCAGCGAAGGACGGUGCGUUUGUGGAGCUCUUCCAUGAGAUUGACGAUCGCCUCAUCGACCUCGGCAUCUCCAGCUAUGGAAUCUCAGACACCACGCUCGAGGAGAUAUUCCUGAAAGUUGCAAAUGAUAACGGAGUUGAUGCUGUUACCUCGGAUGGCACUGUUCUUCCAAGGAGGCAUCGCCGGCACGCGUUUGGUGACCAUCAGAGCUGCCUGAAGCCCUUCACUGAGGAUGACAACUUUGAUUUAAAUGAUUCAGAAGGUGAUCCAGAAUCCCGUGAGACAGAUUGGUUAGGAGUCUCUGACGGAAAAGGCUCGUACCAGGUGAAAGGAUGGAGACUGAAGCAGCAGCAGUUUGUGGCAUUACUGUGGAAACGGUUCCUGUAUGCACGUCGCUCUCGGAAAGGAUUCUUUGCUCAGAUUGUUCUUCCAGCUGUGUUCGUGUGCAUUGCCCUGGUCUUCAGUUUAAUCGUGCCACCUUUUGGAAAGUACCCGAGUCUGGAGAUGGAGCCUAGCAUGUAUGAGGAGCAGUUCACCUUCGUCAGUAACGAUGCACCGGAGGAUGUACACACUAACAAGCUACUCGGAGUAUUAACAGACAGUCCAGCCUACAGUGGGCGCUGUUUAGACGAUGGCACGCUUGGAGAUGGGUCAUGCCCAAUUCGAGAAGGUGAGUGGACCGUUCCUGAGAUUUCCAAGACCGUAUCAGACAUGUUUCAGACCGGGAACUGGAGUAUGGAAAACCCGUCGCCGCUCUGCGAGUGCAGCUGUGACAGGAAGAAGAAGAUGCUGCCGGAGUGUCCCCCAGGAGCGGGAGGCCUCCCACCACCACAGAUUAAAGUCAGCAGUACAGACACACUGCAGAAUCUGACCGGGAGGAAUAUUUCCGACUACCUGGUGAAGACCUACGCACAGAUUAUUGGAAAGAGCUUGAAGAACAAACUCUGGGUGAACGAGUUCAGGUAUGGUGGAUUCUCACUGGGUGCCAGAAGUUCCCUUGGCCUGCCUCCUCCUGAUGAGAUCUCCGAGGCCAUCGCUUACAUGCGCGCUCGCUUCAACUUGGAAAGAGGCACAGCGGCAGACAGGUUUUUUAGGAGUUUAUCAGGCUUCGUCAGUAACCUGGACACCAAGAACAACGUCAAGAUCUGGUUCAAUAACAAAGGCUGGCACAGCAUCACCGCUUUCCUCAACGUGAUGAACAACGGGAUCCUGCGUGCCAGCCUGCCUGCCGGUCUAAACCCCGCCAAGUUUGCCAUCAGAGCUUUUAACCACCCGCUGAACCUCACUAAGGAGCAGCUCUCUCAGGUGGCCCUGAUGACCACCUCGGUUGAUGUUCUGGUCUCCAUCUGCGUCAUCUUCGCCAUGUCCUUCGUCCCGGCCAGUUUUGUGGUCUUCCUCAUUCAGGAGAGAGUGAAUAAAGCCAAGCACAUGCAGUUCAUCAGCGGGGUUCAGCCUUUGCUCUACUGGCUCGCGAACUUCUUGUGGGAUAUGUGUAACUACGUCGUCCCUGCAACCCUCGUCAUCAUUAUCUUCGUCUGCUUCCAGCAGGAGGCCUACGUCUCCUCCACCAACCUGCCUGUCCUCGCUCUGCUUUUACUCCUCUAUGGCUGGUCCAUAACUCCUCUGAUGUACCCAGCGUCGUUCUUCUUUAAGAUCCCCAGCACGGCGUACGUGGUCCUCACCAGCGUCAACAUCCUCAUUGGGAUCAACGGCAGCGUGUCUACCUUCGUCUUGGAGCUGUUUGGUAGCAAUGAGAUCGGUGGCAUUAAUGACAUUUUGAAGAACGUCUUCCUGAUCUUCCCUCACUUCUGCCUGGGACGUGGGCUGAUCGAUAUGGUGAAGAACCAGGCCAUGGCUGAUGCUCUGGAGAGAUUCGGUGAGAACCGGUUCCGUUCUCCUCUGGAAUGGGACAUGGUGGGGAAGAACCUCUUCGCCAUGGCGGUAGAAGGUGUUGUCUUCUUCAGCAUUACUGUGCUCAUACAGUAUCGUUUCUGCAUCAAGGCCAGAGACGUCAAUGCUCACCUGAAACCGAUCAUCGACGAGGACGAGGACGUGGCCAGGGAGAGACAAAGGAUUCAGAGUGGAGGUGGACAGAAUGACAUCCUGGAGCUCAAGCAGCUGACCAAGGUGUAUAAGAGGAAGCAGAAGCCAGCGGUGGACCGACUGUGUGUGGGGAUUCCACGUGGAGAGUGCUUUGGAUUGCUCGGUGUGAACGGUGCUGGAAAAACCACCACCUUCAAGAUGCUCACAGGAGAUUCUGUUAUCACGAGUGGAGAGGCGUAUUUAGCUGGAAAGAGCGUGCUGACGGAGAUCGACGAGGUGCAUCAGAACAUGGGCUACUGUCCUCAGUUUGAUGCCAUCAACGACCUGCUGACCGGCCGAGAGCACCUGGAGUUUUACGCCAUCCUGCGUGGAGUGCCGGAAAAAGAAGUGUGUGAGGUGGCUGAGUGGGGGAUCCGUAAAUUGGGUCUGAUCAAAUAUGUGGACAAAUCAGCAGGAAGCUACAGCGGGGGAAACAUGCGCAAGCUCUCCACGGCCAUCGCUCUGAUUGGAGGCCCACCCGUGGUGUUCCUGGACGAACCCACAACUGGUAUGGACCCCAAAGCACGACGCGCCUUGUGGAACUGCAUCCUCAGCAUCAUUAAAGAGGGGCGUUCCGUCGUUCUCACCUCACACAGCAUGGAGGAGUGUGAGGCUCUGUGCACUCGCAUGGCCAUCAUGGUCAAUGGCAGGUUCCGUUGCCUGGGCAGUGUUCAGCAUCUAAAGAACAGGUUUGGUGAUGGCUACACGAUCGUCCUGCGAGUGGCAGGUUCUGAGCCUCGCCUAGAGCCGGUGAUGGAGCUGAUCGAGCGUGAAUUACCUGGCAGCAUCCUGAAGGAGAAACACAGGAACAUGCUGCAGUACCAGCUACCAUCCUCGCUCUCAUCACUGGCUCGUAUCUUCAGCAUCUUAUCCAAGAACAAAAAGCAGCUCCACAUCGAGGACUACUCCGUCUCACAGACCACUCUAGACCAAGUAUUUGUCAAUUUCGCCAAGGACCAAACUGAUGAGGACCACGUCAAAGACAUUUCCGUAAACAAGAGCGAUGCAGUGGUGGACUUUUCACAGCUGGACGCGUUCCUCAUGGACGCUAAAGCUCAGGAGACGGUCCUGUGAUCCAUCAGAACCCAGCAUCAGUGUACAGACGGACGUUCCGAGAUCCGUUUGCUAAGACUUUGGUUUUAUUUUCAAUAUUUUUUUAGUAUUUUUUUUGGUAUGUUUUCAGUAGUGUGUGCGCCCAGAAGAGGGCGCUGGACCUCCGACACACUACGGACACCAAACUCAAUGCAGAUCAAUGCAAGGGCGAAAAUCCACUGCGAUGCGGGUGAAGUCGAGCCCGGUGCCGCUUCUCCGCAUCACAACGCUAACGUGUGUGAAAAAAGAAAAACAAACUUGAAACUUGAACAGUAUUUUUUACAGAAAGAGUUCUUUCUACACGGUUCCACUCAGACACUGCCAGUAAGACGCGUGAUUCAGGGUCGAACGUCAUCCGUCUUCUCAGCGCAGGACAGAGUCACAGCCGCGGGUUGGGGUUUCACUUUUUUGCAUCAAACGUGUUCCAAAGUGACUUUUUAAAUAAUGAUUUUAUUGUUUUGUUUAGCUGUAACAGGAAGUUAAGACACGAGCUUCUCGAGCACAGAGAUCAUCUGAGACGUGUUUAGAUGUUGCAUGCUUUACAAACACAGAGACCCGACAUGUUCUCUAAAGCAUGUUCCUGAGAGUUCUGAUCUUGUGGAUUCUGGUGUCACGUCACUUGUUGUUUUUGUAAAGAAGUGUAGAUAGCAGCUGAAAAACAAACACGACAGGAGACGGUUCGUAGACAAAUGUUGUAGAAAUAUCAUGAUGCAUCGUGUGCCAAACUGAGAUCCUGUCCGGAGGAGAAGAUGCUGAAGAUGAUGGUGAAGAUGGUGGAGUGUAUGGGACGUUCCCCGCCGCUGUAGACUGCACGUGCUGUGGACGGUGAUGUUCAUGCAGUAAUGUUCAGCACGUCUGUGUGUUUCUUGACUUUAAUCCUGAAACGUUUCUGUACCAGGCUGCGUGUCGUGUUUAAUGUGCAAUCUGUACAAUGUGCAAAUGAUACAUUUAGGAUAAAACUCAGGAUUUUAUUCUUUCUGCGUUUCCUACGCUCUGUACUCCCUUCCACUCUCACCUCGAGAUCCUGAUGGAAACCUGGUGGAGAUUUCAGGCCAUCUGUUUCCAGCCUGAUGUUAAAGCUGUGACCAAAACGUCCACCAAGACAAAUUUGGUGCUUUUUGAUUAAAUUCCGUUAUAGUAAAAUACCCUUAAAUUAAAUUAAGUUAAAUUAAAGAUAAUAUGGGAUUAUAUUUAGAGAGAAGUUACCUGUUUAUCAUCAGUCCAACAUGGAAGCACUUUAUAACAGUCUCUGCUCAACUCUAGAGCUUUUUUUGUUUUUUUUUUGUCCUGGACAUUUACACUUUAUAAAUUUUCCUAAACAUGGCGCUUUUUAUUUAACAAAAGGUUAAAAAGUCUCACCAUGCUCAUUUUGUGUUAAAUUAUUUGUUUACAUGUUAAGUAUUAAAAUCUAUAUUAAUAUGUUGUGUCUUUUCUCUACUUAUAUAUAAUUAAAGACAUUUGGUUCUGGUA